GCUCCAUUCAUUGGGACGUCAAUUUUCGAGGACUUCGUAUUUUUGACGUUAUCGGCAUGGGGUAAUAGUAAUUUCGAAUAGUAGAAAAUCAAGAUUUUUGUAGAUUUUCUUCAAGAUUGCAGGUUUCAACCCAACCGAAGAACCUUUUCUAAACGAACAACUCUACCGAUGAUACUUGAAAUUUAUUUGUUUUUUCUCGUGUAGUUAGUCGCAGCAAUGCCUAGCACAUCGUCGGACGGUGUCUCGCCGCCAAGCUUGUCGCAGCAGAUUGCACAGCAAGUGGGUGUUUCACCACUGCUUUUGCUCGCGGCAGCUCCUACUUCAUCGUCCUCUACUGCUGGUCUCCUAGCAGAUAUUCCGCAAAAAAUUUCGCAGGCUCUGCAAUCACUGGACCUGGGUGAACUGGUCGACUCCGUCAUGACGUCUCUGAGCAAGCUGAGGGUGGAGGACUUGUCCCUAGACCAAGUGGCGGACAGCUUGCAGAGCGCUGUCGCUGUCGGUGCUGCCACAAUGGCAAGUGGGUCCUUGGGAGCGAAAGAGACGAGUCUGGACACGGCGGCGCACGCAGCAGGUCUGCGGUGGGCGCGCAUGCUGGCGCAUUUGUCAGGGCAGAGCUGCCAGAGCUCGGUGAAGGGAGGACCGGGAUUUCCACAGUAUAAUUGGCAUUUUCUUUUUUUUAUGUGGAGAGGAGAUUGUUCGACAGCAUGUACUGACUGGUAGUAUAUCUUACUUUCUUGGAAGAAAGUUGUAUAACUUAAUCUACCUGUGGAUUACGGAACUAGUACCAACGCGUCCUAUGCUCUUAUACCCGCUGCCGCAACUUCCUCCUCUUGCACGAAUAUCAGGGUUUUUAAUUGGGUUUGGAGCUCUUUAAAAUCAUACUUUUGGAAGCACUAGAGUUGUUUGUUUGUUUGUUUGUUUUGAUGCGCUCCGGGCGACGCGUACGAUCCCGCCGGAUUUCUUUGUGCUCUGUGUGUGUUGUGCUAUGGUCGUCAUUGCGAUCGACUAUGGUAUGUCUGGUCGCCACUAGAGUUGUUCCUGAUCGUCAAUUGAGUAUGAUAUUAUUGAUAUCACUUGAAGACCCAUGAUAACUAAUAAAAUAAAAUAUGUAUAUGAUUCCGUGAUUUCCUAAUAUAAUGUAUAUGCACUUCUACUAGGAUGCACCCUUGAUGAUAACUAAUAAAUAUGUAUAUGCACCCAUGAUUCCCUAAUAUGUAUAUGCACUUCUACUAGGAUGCACCCAUGAUGAUAACUAAUAAAUAUGCACCUGAUAACUAAUAUGUAUAUGCACCCAUGAUUCCCUAAUAUGUAUAUGCACCUCUACUAGGAUGCACCCUUGAUGAUAACUAAUAAAUAAAUGUAUAUGCACCUCCUCCCAUGAUUCCCCAAUAUGUAUAUGCACUUGCACUUGUAGGUUGUCCGCGAUUGGGUCGUUGGGAGAGUUGUGUUCGGCUUACGGCGAGCACUUCUGGAUGCGUCUGGACAUGUUUUGCUUCUCAUUGCUGCUCGCUCCUUACGUUGCCCGGCAGCUCGCGAGUCCGGUUGACGACGCGGUAGAAUGCGUUGCGCCUGCGAUUAAGAGGCCUCUCUCGAUGCUCUCGAGCUCUAGUAUAAUUAUGUCAGUUUUUAUUUUCCAUCAGAAGUCUCGGCAUCUUGGUCCCCUUUUUCCUUGUAUAAUUGUGCUCGUGAAAUACAAGGUGGUAAAAGGGGUCAAGAUGAGGGGGCCGAGAUGCAAAAUCUAGCAGACUCUAAUAGUACAGCUGUUCUGAAAACGGUGCCGGAGAGAGUAUGCGGUCCGGAACGGGCAGCGAAGAUCCAGCUCGUACUUGCAGAUGCUGCCCAUAGCGCACACUCCUUGUGGCAGACAGCCUCUAGCACAACGAAAGAGUUGGUCAAUCGGCAGAUAGUAGCACCAGUGCGGAGUCGUUUCCCCGCGCUGCUGCCACCAGAACAGAGCAGUUCUUCUACGGCGCAACCCCCACAGGUUGGAGGAGGAGUUGGUGGAGUAGGAGACCAGCCUGGACGGAUUGGAGUGGAUCUUGUACGAGGCACGGAUCAAGCGGAGAUGUCUACGAGAACAGGGAUGUCAUCCAAUUCAGGCUCCGACGUCGAGGGACAUGCGGGUACAAUCUGAUUAUUGCCUAUGCAUCGUGUAUGCAAGAUGUGCAUAAAAGAUCAAAUAUAUCUUCUUCUAGAUGCUGCCAUUGACUGCACCAGUGAAAAAAUGAGUCUACUCCUUCGCUCCUUCGUCCACCCGACUACACUGCCUUUUUUUUGUUUUAUUCAGACCACCGGCGCAUGAGCGAGCAGCAUCCGUUGAUGCUUCCCACGCCUGAGAAACGAGCCCUCGGAACCGGUAUGCCCGGAUCAUUCGUAGGACCCGCCACCUCCUCCUCCAGCUCUUCUGGCCCUCCAUUGAGUAGGAGAGAAAUAGUCGUGAAUUCGUUGCAGGCGAGUCUUAUGGCUGUAGCGGCAGGCAUCUACGUUUUCCCAGGUCCCACGCUUUUUGCUACCCAUCUACUCGGAGCAGUGCUGCAUAGUGGUCGUGCUGGCUUGCGCUCUGAGUCAAGGCGCGUGCUUUUUCCAGCAGCCCAGAAAUUUCUUGGCGACGCAUCCGAGAAAUUAGUCAGCGCUGUGGGGAGCGGCGGAGCGAGAGGAAAUUCGGAUCCUGAUCGUAUUGAACAAGUUCCAGUUCCUACUUACUACAGAGGAAAAACAAGUUGAGUGAAUCAUGAGGAUCUUUGUUCUAGCGUUCUUGGUUUAUUGAUGCUGCUUUGUCGUGUUGUGAGUUUAUCACGGUCCAACGUUUGAAGCCAACGAGUAGAAAGAAGUUCAUAAUUCUUGUAUGAUCUUCACUCGUUGUCAACGUUUGUUGAAGCCAACGAGUAGAAGUUCAUAAUUCUUGUAUGAUCUCCACUCGUUCUCCAGGUGUAUUUUUCACGUUUGCUGUAGGGUUGGGUGCUGUACUAGGUGGACUCGCUGUUGUCGGAGCUUUUGCUCCAUCCGGGACGGGUGCUUGUAGCGCUUCUGUACCUCCUGGAAGUCUACCACCUGGUGCAUCGUUUCUAGAAGGGAACAAUAGUUCCAUGCCUCGAUCAUUGAUGGAUCCGAUGGCAGGUGGACCACCUACUGGCGCUUUUCCAGGUGCGGCACCAGGUGGACAUGGCGUUAGUGGCGGAUAUCCAAGUAACAGUCUUGUGCCAGCCUACGGUGCUCCGCAACAAGGGGGGAUGCCGGGUGGUGGGCAGUAUGGAGCACAACCUGUUGGAGGCCACCAUUUUCCACCAGCAAGGCAUACGAUGCCUCCUGGGACACUUUAGUAGUCAAGGUUGGUGGCGAAAUUUUCCUCGCAGCGAUGGUCUUCAGGCGGGAUCUUAUUGCAGUCGCAUCCAUUGCCGCAUUAGCAUUUUCAAGCGGUCGCAUCCACUGGCACAUCCUUGGUUGGGUUAUCACAUCAAGCCCGAAAUUUUUUCUACUCGCAUUUUGAUCACAUCAAGCAUUGGGUUGGAUUAUCACCUCAAGCCGGCAGUCGCAUUAUCACAUUUUCAAGAGCGUGAUCAUCAGAUUAUCGCACUCAGACGCAAAAGCAUUGUGGGGAACUUCGCGAUGAAGUUCGUUUUUUUGGCAUUCCUUCAGACAGAGGGCAUACGCCUUUAUUGAUGUCCUGUAUCUUAUUUUGGAGUUAGCAUCAGGAUCAGACUCAGAGUCACUAGUCUCAGACUCAGCUACAAGUCGAAUGGAAUAAAGUACACUGAUUUAU